AUGUUGGCAAUACCAUCCGCGUCGCGCAUCGACGCGAAGCGACGGGCGGUGGUCAAUCCCAAGCGCCAGCAAUUCCAACAGGCCGCAUUCGCAGAGCAGGACUAUGCACAUCGCAUGAACUUUUACAUCAUCCCACCAACAGGCGACAUCACACUCGAAGAAUUCGAAGAAUGGGGCAUCGCACGUCUCAAAGUGCUCGCGGAGCUCGAGGCUUGUCAAUUCCGGAAUAAGACGCCCACCGAGACGGAGGAGUACAUGCGACCGAUUCUGGCCAAGCACCUGCCGCUCGCGAGUAACAGCUCUCGCAGCAGUGAGGUGAACUUGGAGCGGAAACGAGAUCAUUACAGUCAUUGGACUCUUCGACUAGCAUUCUCGAGCACACAGGACCUACGACAGCGAUUCUCGCGAUUGGAAGCACAGUUGUUCAAGCUGAGGAUACAGCAGGAUGAUCUGCGGGAGAGGAAGUCUUUCAUCGAGUCGCUGCCGAUGUCGUGGGAGACUGUGAGUAAUGAGGAGAAGGCUAUACUGGGUGACGACCUCAAGGCGGCGACGAGAUGGUACAAAGAAGAUGAGGAGAGCUGGUUCAAGGUAGAGUGGGAGAAUGUGCCGGAGUUGGUGGAGAAGCGUCAGGUUCUCUUGAAGAAGGGCAAAGCAUACGUGCACGUCAGGGAGCAGAUGAACAUGGUGGUGAACGAGUUCUCGAGACAGCUGGAGUCGGGUCUGGAACUUGCUGCUCGAUUCUUGCCCCGCAUGGACGAGGACAACCGACUGGCGCCGAUAUUACACCACCUCUCGCAGUCGUUCGUGGCGCCCGAUGCGUCGUAUGCGGAGAGCUCAAGUCUCAACGAUAUCACAAGCAUCACCGCGGGCUCCAUCGAUGGACACAGCAAGCACUUCCCAUUGUGCAUGCAGAAUCUUCAUCGCGAAUUGAGGAAGAACAGCCAUUUGAAGCAUUAUGGACGUCUGCAAUACACGCUCUUCCUGAAGGGCAUUGGAUUGAGCAUGAACGAGUGUAUCGUGUUCUGGCGGAAGAGCUUCAAGCUGAUCACUGAUGACAAGUUCAAAUCGGAAUAUCUUUACAACGUCCGACACGCCUAUGGCGAUGUUGGCGGCGACUCAAAUCGUCGUGGUCGCGGCUACACUCCAUACAGUUGUCAAAAGUUGCUCACGGAAGCUCCACCCUCGAGCGGACAAACACACGGCUGCCCUUAUCGAACAUACAGCUCAGACAACCUCAUCGGCCUGCUGCAAAACGUGGGCGUCUCUGACAAAGAGCUGCUGAAGGGUGUCCGCGAGGACGUGGCUAAGCAACGGUACCAUAUUGCUUGCAACAGGGUCUUCGAAUCGACGCACAAGAAUGAGAUCAAGAAGGUGAAAGACGAGUCUCUCUGGCCAGCCAGCGAGCUCGACACGAUUCUGCAUCCAAACACAUAUUUCAAGCGAAGUUUUCUGCUCAAGAACCUCGGAAAGGUCCAAGCUGGAGACAUUGGCGUUGUUGAUAAUGGUGGACCAUCUCAGUCUUCGGUGGAGUGA